GAAGUUAAAAAGAUGGACGACUCUUCUUCACAAUGCAAACAUUCUGUUGGGCUUAUCUCCCAAGCCUCCUAGCUGGCCUCUAUAUAAGGACAGAUGAAGGACCAAAUUAAUGUAAGUGAGACGGAGGAUUACUACUCUUUAGCAGAAGAAGAAGAAUGGCUGCCAUAUCCGUGGAUCCAAGGAUGAGCCUCUCAAUCGGACAUGACCGUCGCCAACAUGGAAUUGUGACUGACGAGAUCGAGGGGAUCAUCACAGUGUACAAGGAUGGACACCUGGAACGUCCUCUGGUCGUCCCAAAUGUGGCAUGCACUGUGGCUCCACAGCCUCACGUGACAUCAAGAGAUGUGAUAAUCAACAAAGUUAGCAAUGUAUGGGCACGAUUUUAUGUGCCCAGAUGCCAGAGAAAGCUACCUUUACUUGUUUACUUCCACGGUGGCGGAUUCUGCGUAGGCUCCGCCGCUUGGAAGUGCUACCAUGAAUUCCUGGCCAAUUUGGCAUCCAGAGCCGGUUGCUUGAUCAUGUCUGUUAAUUACCGUUUGGCACCGGAGAAUCGUCUCCCGGCGGCCUAUGAAGAUGGCUGUAAUGCUCUCUUGUGGGUGAAGCAGCAGGCUUCCGAUGGGUCUAGUACUGACCAAAGGUGGUGGUGGAGCCAAUGCAACUUUUCCAAAGUGUUCUUGGCUGGCGACAGCGCAGGCGCCAACAUAGCCCACAAUGUCGCCACCCGACUGGGCUCCUUUGAAUCAUCCGAAUCCAUGGCUUCAAAGCCAUUCUGUCUCAAGGGGACCAUACUGAUACAACCGUUCUUCGGUGGAGAAGGUCGAACCCAUUCCGAGUUAUACACAGCACAGCCCUCUACUUCGGCCCUGAGCUUAACAGCCUCGGACGUUUACUGGCGACUAGCCUUGCCUGUUGGAGCCAACCGUGACCAUCCCUGGUGCAAUCCUCUUGUUAAUAAUGGUUCAGCUAUGUUGGAGACCUCGAGAAUUCCCCCAACCAUGGUGUUCAUCUCAGAGAUGGAUAUACUCAAGGACAGAAACUUGGAAUUCUGCAGUGCCAUGAUCAAGGCAGGUAAUAAGAGAGUGGAGCAACUGAUGUGCAGGGGAGUAGGCCAUGCAUUUCAAAUUCUACACAAUUCUCACCUCUCCCAACCUCGAACCCGUGAAAUGAUCUCUCACAUCAGUGCCUUCAUCAACCUUUAACCCAUGAUUAGUUUUAUCAAAAUUUAUGUAUGUAGGUGUAGCAUCUAGACCCAAAUUAUAUAUUAAAUACGAUCUGCGAGAUAUAUAGAGAUGAGAGGUAGAGUAAGAGUAGUGAAGCUGUUAAGUCUUGACCUAGCCAAUUACCAACAAUUCCGAAGGAGUUGAUACUUGAAAAGAAACCUGUAAAUCAAUUAGUACUUUCAAUUCCCUUCAGUUCAAAAUGGACUCCAUAUUCCAAUCU